AUGAAUAACCACAAUAAUAUCUCUCCAACCAAUAGUUUGGCUAAUUUGCAAAAUACUGAGCAGCAAGGUGUUGAUUUAUCGAAGUUAAAUGACCAAGAAAUAAAAUUAUAUAAACUGUAUGGGAAAUUGCCUUCUAAAAAGGAUUUAUUUAAACACAACAUGCAAGAACGUAAAUAUUUUGACAGUGGUGACUAUGCCUUACGUAAAGCUGGUGUCAUCCAAUCCGACGAUGUCACUGCAAAUUCAAAUAAUAAUAUGCCAGUCACUAAUCCAAGUGGUUUAAGGGAAUCUAUUAUACGGAGAAGAAUGAGUAAUAGUGCUGGUGAUUCUGUCUCUAGACAAGGUUCAAUCUCAAGUGGUCCUCCUCCAAGAUCGCCAAAUAAGUAA